AUGUCCAAAAACCCCAAAUUCGCCUACGAAGCACAAGAGCCUGCCUUUCUGCAAAGACUCCGGGGCCAAUACGGUGGUGAUACGUCCGGUCGCCUGGAGCGACCUGCCGCGCGACCUAAAAAGAUCAAGGAUCCCAAGGAUGACGAGGAUGAUGGGCCUGUAUAUGUUGACGAGGAGAGUAACCAAGUGAUUACCAAGGAGGAAUACAAGGCGCUUGUCGAACCUCCCAAGGAAGAUGAGACAAACACAGGGGACUCGUCCAUAGCUGAAGGAGACAGGAAACCAACUGAGCCGAUUGCCAAACAAAGUAACCUGACUGAAGUUGGUGGCCAGAGAAAGCGAAAGCAGGCCAAGGUAGUGGGUGAGGAGAACAAACCAGAGUCUGAAUCACCCACAGUGGAAAAAACGCCUAAGAAACCUAAGAAAGCCAAGAAAAUCAAGCUAUCCUUUGAUGAGGAGUGA